AUGAACGGUAGAAUCGCUAACCUAGAAAGGGAAACCCUCGGGGAAACCCAAGAACUUAAAAGAAAGGUUGAAAAUAAUGCACCAACAUAUGCACAGGUUGUAGCAGACACUUCUGAACUGAAAGAACAAGUCGAACAGCUAAAUGUACAGAUAACAUCUCAGCAAAACGCACCACGGGUGACAGCCUCUAAAACUGAAAAUAACAUCUUUGUUGAGCCAACUUUGCUCGAACUAGCUGAACGAGAAAGGUGUGCCCCAAACGUCCUUCUCUUUGGAAUAAAAGAAAAUAAUUCGUCACAAAAUGAACAGGACGGUGAUCUGGACAAGACAGUGAACAUGUUAAAAAGAGUGAAAGAUAACAUUCAAAAAGAUGACAUCAAAAUAUACUGUCUUGGAGCACCUGCUCAGGGGAAAGUCAGGCCUAUCAGAAUCGUGACCGCAUCUCCUUCAAUGGCCAGGGAAAUUUUAAGAAAUAAGGCAAAAUUUAAUGAAGAAAAUAUCUAUUUCAAAGCAGACCAAACACCCCUUCAAAGAACAUACUUAAAGGCCAUACUCAGAGAUCUGGAAGAACGAAAGCAAAAGGGGGAAAUGAAUAUAAGAGUCAGAUAUAUUAACAAUGUUCCAAAAAUAGUUUUCUUUCAAAAUGAGGAAAGAGAAAAUUCAAAAAACUAA